AAUGCUUGAUUCAUCUACAUCAGUUGAAAUAUUGUAUAAAUAAAGGUUAUAUUGAAACAAAUUUGUAAUGUGUGAAGUCUGGAUGAAGUAUAGACAAUGCCACGUGCUGGGAUAGGAUCGCUGAAAUAUAUAUUCAAGUCGCAUUUUACAAAUGAGAAUUGCUCAAAGGUAGCUUUACUGGGAGGAUGUUGCGCUUGCGUUUACCUCAAUGGAUUCUUCCUGUACUCGCGUAACCGGAAAGAAGGAGCCACUGAGUGUAGCAGAUUGGAUGGACCCAUCCCACAGAUAUUUAUCGGGGAUGUACUAUCGCACUUCACGCCGUACCUGCUCCAGAUAUUUGCACAAGGUGACUGGAUGGCAGAGUUUAACAAGGUAAUAUCAGAUGAAAAUGCAGAUUUCCGACAACGACUCACAGCGUAUUUAUGCUUAAACAAGGUCUUGCGCAACCCGUUCUGUGCUAAAUACGUAUUUAGCGAUAUAGAUAAAUUCCGUCAAGUAAUGACUGAUAUUGUGGAACCGAAAGAGCUACCAACAAGCCCUGAUAAUAACGGAAAUAAUGAGCCGGAAUUGUUAUUCAACGUUAAAAUAAGUUGCCUAGAAAAUUACCUAAAGGCACUAUCCAAGCAGGAUCGACAUGUGGAUUAUCAAAUACUGGCAUCACUUGUUAAAUUGUCGAAGAUGUACCCAUCGCAAAGAGCUAAAGAGAAAAUAUCUAAUGUCCUAAGGCUGCUUCUGGAGAAUGAAUCAAACUGCACCAUGCUGGUUAAAAAGGAGUUCGAGGCAUUUGAAUCAUGUCAUUUGAUACAAGAGGAAGCGGUUAAUAUAGAUGACUUAGUUUUACAUUACCUAUAUAAAACAAAAUCUGAGAAAUCGUGGUUUGGAGCACUAUUGAGUGAUAGCCACAUCACGGCACUGUACAACUCAAUGUCUAUAGAUUCAAUAAAUAAGGCGGUCAAGGGACAAGGCACCGUACUGUCACCCCUGGCUACAAGUAAAGCCAACUUCGAAAUGUUCCAACCGAUACUAUCAGCCAUUGAGAUAUCAUAUGCUUAUUCGUUCCUGAGGACACUACUUUCCACGAAAACACCUGGAGUCAAGGGUGGAUCUAAAGUACAAAUGGCAAUGAUGGAUGGAUUUAAAACCACACGCGGGGUGUUGAUAUACCAUGUAAUAUUUGCAAUGCAAAACAAGCUAAUACACUCGGAACGCUAUUUCAAAGAUGAGGGUUACAUGAUACCAAUGAGUAUCGCAUUAUGUUCUACAUCUUGGUUAUCAUUGAGCGCACUUGUGAUGACCCACCGGUUCAUACUGCUGCCGAUCAUGCUGCACAGGUUUUUUAACUAAUAUAAAAAUGGAUUGACAUUUAAAUUUAGCAGGAGGUGAUA